UUUAAGACGGACAAUGCCAGGGCCUCACCUCAGCCACCCACACAGAUGCCUCAACAGCAACAGAGUCACCUCCCUCAGGCCCAGCUCAUGUUGGCGAGCAGUCAGCUGGCAGGGCUCACUGCCCUGUUACCAGCGCAGCAGCAGCUCCUGCUACAACAGGCACAGGCGCAGUUGUUGGCAGCUGCAGUCCAGCAGAGCAAUGCAGCGGCCGUUUCCCAGCAUUCCGCUCAUGAGCUGCAGCAACCCAGCAGCCAGCAGCAGCCAGCAGCGUUAGCACUAUCGCAACCAAUCCAAAUUACUGCCCAG